AUGGAUGUACUAGCCUGCGCUACGGCGGCGCAAUCCAGCCCGUCGGGCCCGGACGCAGUGCGAGACACAGGACAAGGCCCAGCUAGUGUUGAUUACACGGGGGCCAAGUGGGUCGGAAUCGCGGAAGGCCAACGGCUGUGUUGCCCGGUGGUGACCUUGGCUGAGUGCACAGGUGGGAAGGUCAAAGGCACAACGGGCACCGAGGGAUCCAGUCGGAUGAGGAAAGUCGAAUCAAAGGAGCGAAUUGAGCGCUGA